CUCAGUUUUUAGUUUGUAGCCGAGUUGAGAUAAGGCUUUCUGGGAAACGUAGCCUGGUUGGACAGCAUUCCAUUUAGAAAUAAGCAUGUGGGCUCAGCAGCUGGGACUUUCUUUCACACUCUAAGAAACUUGGAUAUAUAGUCAGCCUUUUUGCAAGGGGUCCCCGACGGCCAUGUCUGCACCCCGGUCGUCUGUGUUUACAUUUGAGUCUACAGCACAUUCCUCCCAUGUGCUGCGCUGCCUGGACGAGCAGCGCCGCCGGGACACGUUGUGUGAUGUGACGGUGGUGGUGGAGGGUCAGAGUUUCAGAGCCCACCGCUCGGUGCUCGCCUCCUGCAGCGAGUACUUCACCGACAGGAUCUCCUCCCUCACACAUCACGGAGCGGUUGUCACCCUGCCACAAGAGGUGACAGCUGCUGGCUUCGAACCCCUGCUGAAGUUUGCUUACACAUCCAAACUCCUCUUUGGGAAAGACGAUGUCUUAGAAAUACGCAGCUCGGCUUCCAUUCUUGGUUUCAGAGACCUAGACGAGGCAUGCUUUGAUUUCCUCCUCCCCAAGUUCUUCUCCAGCAAAGGCUCUGCCCCUUUGCUGAGAAAAACCUGCUGUAAGGAGAAAUGUAAGAGGCGAUUUUCAAAGGAAGACCGUGGCAUAAUCUCUGAUGGCGUAUUGGAUGAGAAAGAAGCAAAACCAGUUGCUGACUCACCAUCUCAGCAGGAAGUGGUUUGGCUCUGUAACAAAUCAGUGAACAGAAAAAUGGGAAGUCAGAGCAGUGCAGGCGCUCUUACACCUGCAGCUGAAGGGACAAAUGACCAUUUUAUGCAGUGUCCAAAGUAUCGCAGGCGGCUGGCUUGCGGAAAGGAAACUUGUGUCACAGAGAAAAGUCUGAACAAUCCAGUAGCAGUGAUCAGGGAUGACUGUGAUCUCUCCUGCUCGCCCCCCUCAAGCAGUGCCAACAGUAAGAAUGAAACUGAAGUUGAACUCCCUGGAAAUUCAACCUCAAAUCCCACCGGACAGAGCAAAGGAAGUCCUGACCACCCGUGGAAAAGUGAACUACCAGACAAGAAGACUAGUGUUGGCGGAGGCGAGGUUGAUAUGGUUAAGAAAGAAACAAAUGAAAAGCAGGGGAAAUGGAGUAAGAAGGAAAGAGAUAUGGAUAUGGAGGAAGACAUCGGCUUUUCAGACAGAUCCAACGUCAAGGCAGCCUCCUCAGGGCCAAGCAGAGCAAUGGCUGAGGGGUCAUCAGGGUUCAAAUUGCAUCAUUGCCCCUUGAAGACCUUUGCUGAGGGCUCAGCAAUCACUGGUUCACUGGGGCAUGAGAGGUUUGUCAUGGACAUUACAGAGGACAAGAAAACAAGGGACUCUGGGGUAUCAGCAUCCAUUCAUCAAAAGGCAGAGGAACAAGGAGAGGCUGCAUGGAAAAGGGCAGAUGAAGAGAUAGAUUCUGGCUGGCUAGAGAGAGGAAAGGCAGGACAAAAAGGCUGCAUGGAGGGAGCAAGUCAUGCCGGAGAGAGGAGCACCACGGAAAGGGAGGUGGCCGAGCACCUGGCCAAGCGGCUGGGCUCUGACGUGGGCUUGUCUCAGCUGAGCUUCCAGGACCCCGACGCAGGAAGUUCUUCCGACACAGGGAGCGGACGGGCGCACAGCACAUCCCUAGAGUGGCUGAACUUCCACGUCAACCUCAGCUCCAAAAGCAGCGGCUGCCCUUUUUUGCAGGAUCUGGACCAAAGCAAAUGUUUAUGGAAGGGAGCGGAGCUGUCUGAGUGCGAGGGGGCCUCUCAGUCGGGCGUGUCAUCCCUCAACUCGGGGGAGGACGGAGACUCCGAAACAGAAACCGAAGGGGACAGCGAGUCCUACACAAGAGAGAGGGCCAGACAGGUGCAGUUGCCAUUCUCUGUAGACUGGAUUGUGGAUCUGAGCAGAAAUGACUUCCAACAGCUGCUGAAGCAACAGGUCUUUACACGUGAACAGCUGGAGUUUGUCCACGAUAUGAGACGGCGCAGCAAAAACCGUCUCGCAGCUCAGCGUUGCCGCAAGAGGAAACUAGACUGCAUAUAUAAUCUGCAGUGUGAAAUCAACAAGCUGAAGACAGAGAGGGAAAAACUGAUGAUGGAGAAGAGCCAGCUGGGCCAGCUGAAGUUGAAAACAUGUCACAGUGUCUCUUCCUUGUGCCAGAGGGUCUGCAGUGAAGCCAACCUGCAGCCAGAGCAGCUCCAGGUGUUGGCCAAAUACACCUCCCCAGACUGCCCUCUGUCCUCUUUCUUCCCCCACAUAGACGCACUCCUCUCACAGCCUGGGCUGCCACUCCAGCUCCAGGCCUGUUCUGUGGGCCUCGAUGAGCAUAUGGCGUCUGAGGAGGCAUCAUCCAGCUCCGGCAGGGAUACAGCUACAGGAGAGGGUCAGCACUCACUUUAGACUCACCUCCAGCACACAUAGCUGAGGCUGUGUGUGAAACCCAUAGGAUCCACCCUGUAUCAUACAGCAUCUGAAGACAUAACCACAGACUGUGGACUGAGUGCUGGCUGCAAAGCACGGCAGUGGCAUACCUGUAAUUUCAUCAUGUAUGACAAAACAUUUAUAACGAGAAGGCUGUAAUCAGCACAUGUUUUAAUUAACUCCCGCUAAGACUGACAUUGAGCGGUCAGGAAUGCAUUCCAGGUGUCUGAAACCAUCCGUUUCCACCAGUUCUAUGUCUCUGAUGACCCUGUAGCUUUGCAAACGUCUUAUCACGGCUUGUUUUUUGGUGAAAAGCUAAAUGUGCCCAGAUUCAAAUCAACACAUCCAGGGUGCAUAUUGAGAAUGUUAAGAUUAUAGCACUGAGACAAUCACAACUUUAAUCCUAAAUCAAAGGGAACAAUUGUCUGUGUUAUAUUGUAUAUGUCUGUGCUUCUCUGCCUGAUUACCUCAGCGUAACACACUUUAUUCUUAUACAGCACAUAUGUACUUUAAUUGUUUUAAACAACAUUUUGAUACCAUUUGACACAAUAAGGUUCUCAGGUGUUAACAGGAAAAUUCAGCAUGACAUACCUCCUGCAGACAGUCUUGGUUCGCCCCUCUUUAUAUAGAGUGGUAUUUUGCACCAAAACCAGACAACUCAACAAAUAGACUUGGCACAGUGUGCCGUGUUUACCCUCUGGUCGUAUGUCUGGCUGUCAUAUUUCAGGCUGUCAUUGUGGUUGCCCGACCACAGUGACACAGCUCUUCUAGGCUGCACACACCUCUGAGAGCUUCGCUUUGGCUCGCUAAAACAGACCUCACAAAUUUGUGCUUGUAAGAAACGCACCAAAGCAAAGCGUUUAUACAUGAACAAAGUACACUUUUUGCAGAAAAACUGCCUCACACUGCUUAAUGAAAUUCACCAUUGACUGUCCUGUAUUGUGGCACGUUUAGGACUUCUAUUUUUAUUAGGUGGAAAUAAUGUGCGUUACCCACAAUGUGGUUAUCUUUAACACCCUUAUCUAAAUUAACAAUGUAGCAAAAAGUAAUUGAUGGAUUCAGCACAAACAGAGUUUUGUCCAUAUUUUGUGUCUCCUGCACAGUCAAGAGCAUGACUAUUUGUAUUGGUUUUGUGCACCUCAUUCAUUACUCACACAUAACCUUUCACCCAUUUCCUCCCUGCUUAUUGUGGAUAUUUGACACUCAGGACGGCUUUGCGAUUUCUGAUUCCUCACAAUCGGGUUUCACUGUAUUAUAUGUUCAUAUCGUAUUUAUGCAUUUAUUUUCACACAUUACAAUCAUCACAGUGCAGCUGUUCUUAAAUUUGUGUAGAAUAUGAAAUGAUAAUACUGCUACUACUCAGAAAAAUAGGUACACAUUGACUUUAUGAACUAAUACUGAAUAACCACGUUGUAUUUUUAAGAGCAGUGAGGUUUGAGGGCACUAAGACGUCAAGUGAUGGUUAAUGACACGAGGAUGAUUUUUUUCUCCUAGCGCGCAGACUUCAGACUGUACACUCAGUCAAAGUAAAGCAUGAUAAUGCUGGUGCUUAUUGCCCUCUAGUGGCAGUGCAUGUACAGUGAAUAGCCGUAGGGCCGUACAGAUGUGUACUACAGUAUAUGCUGCACAAGCUGCUGUUCCACUGUGUUCCUGUAGCUUUAACACACACAAAAAAAUCACUGUAUCUUUCUGUGACAAUGUCCAAAUGGAUUCCUGCAUUUUUGUAGCAAGAAGCGAAACAGAACCAAUCAACAUUAAAACAGAAAAAAAAACCUCCAAA